AAGGUACUAUCCUAAGAAGGGCUGUCGCGCGUUUCCGUGCGAUAAAACGUGCACGUCUACGCAAGCAGCGAAAAGGAAACUGGAAGGAAGGAGCGGGCGAGCGCGCUCGUGUGCUCCCGAUUUACGAAUCCAGCCACUUGUAGCGCCGCAGCCGCCGCCACCACCGCCACCGCCACCGUCCGCACCUAGUCAACCCUAUUGCCGGCAAACAGCAUUGAAAUCGAUGCUUGGAGCAUAUGGAAAAUGCAAAAAUUACCAGAACGACGACGUUUGUGGCAAACGAAUGAAAAUCGAUCCCAAGAAUCUAACGAUCCCGAAACGCAAAUGCUUCAAAUGUCAGCUCUUCAAAAUAUUAGAUUGGCACAAAAUAAAAGAGAAAAACGACUUUUUCCACUGUUCACCGUCGUAAGAUUUGAAAAUAAUGCCUGUGGUGGAUUGAAUGGUGAAAAUGGUACUUGCAUAUCAUCAACGGAAUGUUCGCAACGAGGUGGUAUAUCCAGUGGAGUUUGCGCGAAUGGUUAUGGCGUCUGUUGUAUCGUCAUGGUCUCGUGCGGACAAAUGAUCAACGAUAAUAACACUUAUUUCGUUAAUCCUAAUUAUCCAUCGACGUUCGAUGGUACGGAUUCCUGUCAGCUUACGCUUUUGAAGUUACAUCCGGAUGUAUGCCAAUUUAGAUUGGAUUUUGUACAGUUUACGAUAAGAGGACCCGAAACGAUCAACAAUCUAUGCACUUAUGAUCAAUUUAUUGUUUCUGGAGGUAAUCCAGUACCAACUAUUUGUGGAACUAAUAAUGACAACCACAUGUACAUCGACGCUGGUAUAGGGCAAACUAAUCCCAUUGCAUUGACAUUUGUCACGAGCGGAAGUUCCUUUCCACGAUCCUGGAAAGUCCGAAUCUCACAGAUUCGCUGUAAUACAAUUUAUAGAGCAGAAGAAGGAUGUUUGCAAUAUUUUACUGGUGUAUCAGGACAAAUAAAAUCAUUCAAUUUUGAUUCCUCGGCCGGCUUGCAAUUGUCCAAUCAGGAUUACAGUAUAUGCAUCAGAAUGGAAAAAAACUUUUGUGGUAUUCAAUAUAUGGCAUGUUCGGACGAAGCUACGAUGGUAUCUAAUAGUGGCAUAGGGCAAAUGUCUCGUAAUAACGCAUUCACUUUAACGGGUAAUACUCAAGGAACACAGAUAGCCUCCAUGACAGGAGCCAUGUGUCAAACAGAUUGGCUGAUGAUUCCUUGCGCGAUUAACGCAGGCAAAUCUCCUUCGAUGUCCACUACCUGUAUAGAUCGAUUGUGUGGCGGUACCUUUAAUGCCGAUAAUCAAAACCUAAACUCAUCUUCGGUCAUUAGUACUGUCAAGCCUUUCAGAUUAAUCUUUCAUACGGAUGCGAUCGAAGCACCUAACGAUGUUGGAAAUAGAGGUUUUUGUUUAAAUUAUAUUCAACAACCGUGCACAACAAAGUUGAGGUGAGACAUUGCGUAAAUGAAUGGCAGAUAAAGAAAUUGUUAUUCAAAUCUUACGAGCCCAUAUUUUAUUUAAAGAUCUUUCCAACUGUUUUACAAGCUUUCUUAUUUAAUAUUAGGACGAUGUUAAUCCGAUUAAAAAAUAGGAUCUCGCGAGUAUUGUAUCUUCUUCUGCAAGUAUACAUAAUAAACACUUGUUCGAAUUACGCUUGUAUAUUUUCAAACAUUAAUUUUUAUUUGAUUACGCGUACACUUUUGAUUUUUCAAUAAUACCUAUCACCUAAAGAAAAAAUCAAUCAGACAUUUAACGAGCCAAUCAUGCGAUCCAAUCAUAAAUACAUGUGUAACAUACAACAGUAGUGCACUCUUUAGAUAUAUUUUCACACAA